AUGGCCAACAUCUCCACGGUGACCAAAUUCCUCCUCCUGGGGUUCUCCGAUGCCCGAGAGCUGCAGCUGGUCCACGCCGUGCUGUUCCUCCUUGUCUAUGUGGUGGCCUUGUUGGGGAAUCUCCUCAUUAUCACUAUCACAACCCUGGACCACCACCUUCACACGCCCAUGUACUUCUUCCUUAAGAACUUGUCUUUCAAUGACUUGUGUCUUAUCUCCAUCACCGUCCCCAAAUCCAUUGCCGUCUCCCUGACUAAUAACAAUUCCACUUCUUUCCUGGGCUGUGCUUCUCAAGUCUUACUGGUCACCUGGUUUGCUGGUUCAGAGUUUUUUGUUCUCACGGCAAUGUCGUACGACCGCUAUGCUGCCAUCUGCCUCCCCCUGCGCUAUGAGCUCAUCAUGGAUAGAUGGGCCUGUGUGCAGAUGGUGGCUGCCUCUUGGCUCAGCGGAAGUCUGUUUGGAGUCUUGUUUUCAGUUUCAACGUUCUCCUUGCCCUUCUGUGGGUCCAACACUGUCCAGCAGUUCUUCUGUGAUGUCCCCUCACUGCUGAAGAUCUCCUGCUCCGAGGACCAUGAUGCUAUUGAUGUGAUCGUGGCUGUUGGAGUAGUCUUAGUUGUCGUCGGGUUCACUUCCAUCAUCAUCUCCUAUGUCCGCAUCUUCUCAGCCGCGCUGAGGACUCCAUCCUCUGAGGGACGGAACAAGGCCUUUUCCACCUGUCUGCCCCACCUCACCGUUGUCACAGUUUUCCUCUUCACAGGGAUAUUUGCCUAUAUCAAGCCUCCCUCAGACUCUUCCUCGGCUCUUGACCUGCUAGUAUCUGUGUUCUAUGCCGUGGUGCCUCCUACCCUGAACCCUCUUAUCUACAGCCUGAGAAACAGGGACAUGAAGGCCGCCCUGGGGAGGACCCUAAAAGGGGGAAAUGCCCGGUGGCUCCUGUGGGAUAAGCUGACUUAUCCACAUACAAAAGUGUCCUACAAGUCCAAAGAGAUAGCCCUGAGAAUCUCCUGCUCUGAAGUCUACAUUGCCACUGAUGUGAGUGUGGCUGCUGCGUUCGUCUUGGAUGCCGGCUGCUUCACUUAUGUCACCCUCUCCUACGUCUUGAUCUUCUCAGCUCUCUUCCUACUGAUCUUCUUUGGUGCUUCAGAGCUAUUUGUUCUCACUGCAAUAUCCUUUGACCACUAUGUCACCAUCUGCUCCCCUUUGCGUUAUGAGCUCAUCAUGAACAAAACUGCCUGUAGUAGCAGCAUCAUGGCUCAAUGGGGGUCUAUCUCCUGCCCUGAGGACCACAUUGCCAUAGAUGUGAGUGUGGUUAGUGUGAUAUUCUUAGAUGGCAUCUGUUUCUUUUUCAUCAUCUUCUCCUAUGUCUGCAUCUUCUUAGCCGUACUGAGGAUGCCGUCCCCCGAGGGCUGGGCCUAA